AUGGAUGUGGAUAUGGUGAACAUGUUUGCCAUUGCUGCAGGGACUCUUGCAAUCCCUCUGCUUUUAUUCAUGGCCUCAUUUUUGCUGUGGCCAUCAUCACUCAUCAAAGUCUACUACUGGUACUGGAGGAGAACAUUAGGCAUGCACAUACGCUAUUCAGACUGUGGAGGUUAUCGCUUCUCUUACUCAUGCAGAGGGAAACCAGGCCUCAGGCCCUCUAUACUGAUGCUUCAUGACUUCUCUGCUCAUAAAGACACAUGGCUUCAGAUGGUGAAGUAUCUUCCUAAACAUCUGCAUCUGCUGUGUGUCGACAUGCCAGGCCACGAGGGAACAACACGUACUGACACGGAUGACUAUUCAAUCCAGAGCCAAGUCAAAAGAAUACGACAGUUUGUAGAGGCAAUUCGACUGAACAGGAAACCCUUCCACCUGGUGGGCAUUUCAAUGGGUGGGACUGUGGCAGGAGUUUAUGCAGCCUGUUAUCCCUCAGAUCUGUGCAGUAUGACCCUCAUCUGCCCAGCUGGCCUAAAGAACCAAAAUAAAAGCAAGUUUGACAUUCAAAUGGAUGAUGUGGAGCAGAGCCAGUACAGACUGAACAUUCCACUUAUUCCAUCGAGUCCAGAGGAGAUGGAGGAGAUGCUGAAACUCUGCUCUCGUGUGCGAUUCAGAGUGCCUGAACAGAUUCUUCAAGGCCUGGUGGAUGUACGGAUACCGCACAAUGACUUUUAUCAUGAGCUUUUCAUGGAAAUUAUGGGUGAAAAUUCUAAAUAUGCCUUGCAUGACCAUAUGCAACAAAUAACCACCCCUUUGCAGAUUAUCUGGGGAAAACAAGACCAGGUUGUGGAUGUGUCUGGGGCAGCUUUGCUCAAAGAGGCUCUUCCAGGCUCCCGUGUUGAUCUGCUGGAUAACUGUGGCCAUUCUGUAGUGAUGGAGCGACCACGCCAAACAGCCAAACUCAUUUUCGAUUUUAUCAUCUCUCAGCAAGGCACAGAAAAUGCCAGCACAAAGAAAAAAUCCUGAGAUGUCUGCCAUCAGCUGCAUAUUUCUGAAUCCUUAUAGUGUGUAGUUUUUCUGUGCCAUAGCAUCAAACUAAAAUGGCUUACUUGUCUCUGCAUAUUCAGCUGGAAUAAGAGAAAAGUAUUUCAACAAAUAACACUCUUUGUCUUUCAGUGCUGAACAAAGAAGUAGGCCUACUUGUGUGAUUUGUGUGAUAGUUAACACUACAGAUCAAAUCAACAUUGUCCACUUUUUAUAAUGCAAUAUUCCAAACGAAUACAAUAUUUCUAGGUAAACAAUAAAAUAUUAAACAUUGCGGCACUAUAAUAAACCUAAUGUGGAAUAAUGGCAAUAAUAAUUGUACCGCUUAACUCAGGUGAUCAUCGCCCAUAAAGUAUUGUGCUAAAACCAACCAGCCUGGUUUUAACUGGUGUAGCAGGCUGGUUUUAGAGGUAUUUUAUUUGUUUGUUUGUUUGUUUUGCUGGUCUAGCUAGUCUUAGCUGGUUAGGCUUGAAGAAUAUCCAAACACCAGCUUGGCCAGGAUGGAAGACCAGUUUAAAUUAAGCCAACUAGUCCAUGUUACUUUUGUAUAUGUGACAGAAUUAUUACCUUCUCUUGGCAUAAAAAACUUGCUGGAAUGGUUAACAUGUCACAAAAUACGAGUAAAAAAAACUUUGGUACUUUUUGCGCAGUAUCAUGUCACUUUUAUUUGUAGUGAUGUGAUAUUUAUGGAGCGACAUUUCUAGUACCCAGAUGUUAGACGCAUUCUCUAUUUCCAUAAAAUCAUUAUUUAUUAGCAAUUCUUUUGAGUCCUUUGACAUUUGCACAAGUUUCAACACGAAGCUGCGCUGCUCCCUAAACAGAUGUGUUGAAACCAUUACUGCCGUAUGAUGGCGUACGUCACGUGAUGCAGUCACGGUGCGGCGGCUGUAUUCGUU